UCAUCUUCUUGGCGGCCAUAUUGGUCGAUCACUUCUGUGAAUCGAGGGACGACGGCUGUAAACAUAGUCAAAAUUCCUCUGUACUCUCCUUUAACAAUGCCUUUGGCACAAAACGCCGACCCAUGGCGUCGCAUGGAAGUAGCACACGAAACCGAGGCUGCAAGUACAGAGGAUAUGCUGGUUGAUGAUCAGCAUGAGGACUCUGAGAAUGAAGUUGAAAUCACAAAUGUCACCAAAGAAGGAGAGAAAGCCGACCCUAGUCACUUUGAACUGCUAAAAGUACUAGGUCAGGGAUCCUUUGGAAAGGUUUUUCUUGUGCGCAAAAUUUCCACCCCUGAUGCAGGAAGCCUGUAUGCAAUGAAGGUGUUGAAAAAGGCUACCCUGAAAGUACGAGACCGUCAGAGAACAAAAAUGGAACGUGAUAUCUUGGCUGAUGUCAACCAUCCUUUUAUUGUCAAGCUACACUAUGCAUUUCAAACAGAAGGCAAGCUGUACCUGAUCUUGGAAUUUCUGAGAGGAGGGGAUUUGUUCACUCGUUUAUCAAAAGAGGUGAUGUUCACAGAAGAAGAUGUCAAGUUCUAUCUUGCUGAGCUGGCAUUAGCGUUAGAUCAUCUCCAUGGCUUAGGCAUCAUCUACAGAGAUUUAAAACCAGAAAACAUAUUAUUAGACACAGAGGGUCACAUCAAGCUGACAGAUUUUGGAUUGAGCAAAGAAUCUAUAUUUGAAGAAAAGAAAACCUAUUCGUUUUGCGGCACGGUUGAGUACAUGGCACCCGAAGUGGUCAACCGCAAAGGUCAUGGGACACCCGCAGACUGGUGGUCGUAUGGUGUGCUCAUGUUUGAAAUGCUGACGGGAGCGUUGCCUUUCCAAGGUGCCAAUAGAAAGGAGACAAUGACACAGAUCUUAAAGGCAAAGCUGGGCAUGCCGCCAUUCCUUAGUCCUGAGGCACAGAGUCUUCUGAGAGCUGUGUUUAAGAGAAACCCGGCCAACCGAUUAGGUUCUGGCUCCAAUGGCAUCGAAGAAAUGAAGAGACACCCAUUCUUUAGCACAAUUGACUGGGUGAAGCUUUUCAAACGAGAACUCCAGCCUCCUUUCAAGCCUGCUGUGGUACAGACAGAUGAUGUCUUUUAUUUUGACAAAGAAUUCACUUCAAAGACCCCAAAAGAUUCCCCUGGAAUACCCCCCAGUGCGACAGCUCAUGAGUUGUUCAGGGGAUUCAGCUUUAUAGCACCGGCUCUGCUUGAAAGUGAGGCUCCCCCUGCCCUUGAUCAUGUCACCAACAACAACAACAACCUUUCCAAGCUUCCAGGAGUGAAAAAGUCUCCAUUUGUGGAUGAUUAUGAAUUGAAAGAGGACAUUGGAAUUGGCUCUUACUCAGUCUGCAAACGUUGCGUUCACAAAGCCUCUGGAAUCAGCUAUGCAGUGAAGAUCAUGGACAAGGACAAGAGAGAUCCAUCAGAAGAGGUUGAGAUUUUGUUGCGGUUUGGACACCACGCCAAUGUGAUCACUUUGAGAGAUGUUUAUGACAGUGGAAACAAAGUCUACCUUAUAACAGAAUUGAUGCGAGGAGGUGAACUCCUGGAUAAGAUACUCAGACAAAAGUUUUUCUCAGAGAGAGAAGCAAGCGCUGUGUUGCAGAUUGUUGCAAAAACUGUGGAAUAUUUACAUCAAAAUGGGGUUGUCCAUCGAGAUCUGAAACCAUCAAAUAUCCUGUAUGCUGAUGACAGUGGUUCCCCAGACAGCUUGCGUAUCUGUGACUUUGGUUUUGCCAAGCAGCUCAGGGCAGAGAAUGGCCUUCUCAUGACCCCAUGCUAUACUGCCAACUUUGUUGCUCCAGAGGUCUUAAAACGUCAAGGAUAUGAUGCUUCCUGUGAUGUGUGGAGCCUUGGAGUUUUAUUAUACACAAUGUUAGCUGGGCACACACCUUUUGCUAAUGGCCCAAAUGACACACCAAAUGAUAUUCUGGCCAGAAUUGGAGAAGGCAAGUUCUCCCUGGUCGGAGGGAACUGGGACUCUGUGUCUCCCCAAGCAAAGGACCUGGUGAAGCGUAUGCUCCACAUUGACCCUCAUAGUAGGCUGACAGCGACACAAGUGCUCAACCACCAGUGGAUCUCACAGAGGGACUUGCUGCCACAUCUGCGCCUCACUCUACAGGAUGCACAGCUGGUUAAGGGUUCAGUAGCAGCCACUUUCAAGGCCCUGAAUGACCAGAACAUGAAGCAAGCAACCCUUGAACCUGUAGGUGCUUCCAGAUUGGCUCAGCGACGUGGCAAAGCAAGACCGAAAAGUUCAACAGAGUUGUAACAGACUGCAGCUAGUGUUUUAAUCUGUAUAAAUGACUGAGACACAACAAAGCGAACAAUGUAGACUUAAGGAGGCACGUCAAUAAAUAAGCAAUUCUAACCUUGUAACGCUCAUAUCCAUUACUUGAGACAAUAGACUCUUAGAUUUGUAUACUUGGGCAUGAAUACUAAUUUUUUGCUGGGGCUAGGGAGGGAAGUCACAGUGAACAAGGACAUACUAUCAGUGAUGUACCUUUUCUUUCCCUUUGAGAACUGUGUUAACAGGAAAACGGGUGGAUCCUGUACCUGGGUAUUGUACAUUUCAGCAUUUCUGUUUUUGAAAAUUUGCUUUGCAUUAUCUAUUGAAUUGUACAAUAUGUUUUCCUCUCUAGAAUUUACAGAGCAAAUGUUUACGCUGGUGUGUGAGUGCUCAGUUUGAUUAACCUCUUUGUAGAGUAUCCAUUAAUUUACUUUGCAGGUGUGGUUUUGAUGUGUGAGUGUGAAUGUUUUCUUAGUUUUGUGUGAGAAAAGCAAAGUACUCUGGUAUUCGUUUGGGUUUUAUUUUCGUCAACAGCCUUCAUUUCACCCUUCACGCCAGCAUUUAAAAGAUAGGGUCCCUCCGUGUAGCUGUGUUCUUCUUCAUCUCUUGUUUUUGUGGAUGAAAAAUUUUCGGGGGGGGGGGGGUGUUGAACUGUAUUUCAAUAAUAGCUUUCUUUGUUUCACUUUGCAAAGGUUUCUUGCUGGAAAAGACAAAUUAUUUGCAUGCAGCCUAAAAGAUCAGGUGAAUUGUUUUCUUUUUUCACAAGUAAAAAUUGCUAUGUAAAUUUUUUGUUUUAAUAGACUUCACUAAACAUGAAAAAGCAACUUUAUCGACCUCUGUACUGAGCUUUUGUCACAAGGGCAAACAUGAUGCAACAAGCGUACUUUACAUGAUAAACAGUUUCCCAACUAAGCCCACCACAGUGCUACACUUUUAUUGAGCUACCGGUAUUGUUCACUUGUCUUGUUGAUGAACCCCUGCAGUGGUCAACUGUGUAAAUGCUGUGCCCCACUGACCUUACUUAGCAUUCUUCAUGAACUUGCAUUCAUCAACCACUUCACUGCUAUGCCUAAUGUGGCUAACUUCAUUGAAAUAUUUCUAGAAAAUCUCACGGUUUUACCCAGUCUAGGUAGAAAUGCUUUGUAAUACAUAAACUCUUUGUAAUGUUUUAUUUAGGACUUAACAAACUGUUAUUACAUUUUCAGUAGAUACUUAACCUCAUUUCAUGAAUUAAAUUUGUUACUGCGUCUUUGCCAUUUGACAAUGUGUUUGCUUUGAUUUUCCUGAUUUAGGGAUGCCUCUUUUGCAGGAAGUUAUAAAAACGAUUACAGUAACAUGGGAUGUUUCAGGUGUUUUAUAUUUUGUGUUAUCAAAUUAGGUCCUCCCAGGUUUGUUUGGUUGGGGUUUUUUUUUUUAUGUCAACAUUAAAAUUUCUAUUAUACUUUCAUUUCAGUGACCCCAGAAAUUUCUAGACUUCGAUUCCAACCUGAAGAUUUUAAAAAGAAAAUCGGUAUUUAAUACAACCUUUUCUUACAGCUGUAAUGGGAGUCCAAUGCUGUGUUAAAGAAGUGAAGUUAAUAAAUUUAGUUACUUCACCUCUUGUCAUCUUUCUGGCUGUUUUAUGUCUGCUCUUUCCCCACAAAAAUGGUUAUCGAUUUGUACUGUGCUGCCCGUUUUCUGAUUAGAAAAAAAUAGUGUUGAUAUAAAGAGGAUUUAUAUUGCCAUGCCAGCAUAUUUUGAAAUCUUUUAACUGUGGUUUUGUAUAAAGACAGGAAUUGUGGCUAAGCUUGUAGAGGGAUGUAACGACCGUGUGCCUUACGUUGAUCUUUUGGCAUAAAAAAAACAAACUCGGUCAUUGUCAUGUGACUCCAGAAUGUUUUGCAUUUAAGGUUAAAUUUGUUUCAAUGAUUUGAUUUUUUACUGUCUUCGCACAUUUGCUUUUAUGUGAAGAUAUUAUUUUAUUCUUUGUGUAUGUAUCCUUCGAUUUAUUUUUUAAAUAAAUAGAUAUGUUUUGUGGUGUUGCUACUGAGAAUAAUGUUGCCUUUGGGAAUCCAAAUGAUUAAUACCUUAAAUAAAAGCUUGGGGCUUGACAACAUUUAUGAAGACGGUGAAAUUUAAAACUGUUAUGGUUUACUAUUCUUUUCAUCUGAUGUUGUCCACUCCUUUUAAUUUUUAUAUGUUUUGUAACUAUUUCUUUCUAGCUGAGUCAAAAAUGAGUACUCACCAUAGUUAUCUACAUUAAAACUUUAAAAAUGGAAUGCAGCCGUGUUGCAUAGGAUUCGCAUUAUUAAGUACUGUUUCUUUUUCUUUUUUUUUCUUUUUUUAAAUUUAUGGUCGAUUGUGAUGUGAAUUUCAUUGUUUUUUUCCAUGCUACUAAUUUUUUUAUCCCGUUGGUGUUGACCUUUUUUGAAAGUGGUGCUUUCAUUCAACGCUUGAUGCUAGUACUGAUUGUGAUAUAUAUAAAUUUGACAUCAAUAAUAGUGCUUUUGUAAGCUUCAGCUCUCUUAUACCAUUAUUCAGUCUUGCAGUACACAUGGUGAAUGGUCGUCAAGUUCCAAGUGAUCAGUCAUUUAUUGACUGUGGCAGUUGUUGCACAAAAGUAUAUGGAACAGCCUGGGAAUCAAAGGCAUUGGUUUGUCAUGUUUGUCUGACUUGUAUGUUUAAUGAAUCUGUCUACUUUUAAAGCUUUCUAAUGUCAUCCAAGGGGAUCUUUAAGAUGAUAUAUUUUCUUUUUUUCUCCAUUUCUUGUCUCUUUGUUUUCGGAUACUAUGUGGUAUUCAAUGUUUUGAAGAUCUCAUUAUCUCCCUCUUCCCACACUUUGCUCAAAGUCAUAGUCUUUGAAUAUAUCUAUUGUGCAGAUAUCAUAUAAUAUGUCAGUAUUUCCACACCUGUACUGUUUAAAUUUCCAGAAUUUCAAACAUGAAAGAGACUAAAUGAGUCAUUUAAUCCUUUGUCAAAUCAGCCAUGGUUAUGUGGCUUUUUGUCUUUUUCAGCAGAAUGGAUUAAAAAGAAGAAUGUAAUUAGUGAAAAGAAUGAUAGUCAAGAAACUUAGACUUUGAUAACACAAAAUGCCACAGGUUGUGUGUGGGUUAGUUUUUUUAAGGGAGGAAUGGACUCCAGAAUCUCAAUUAGUUGUCACAGGACAGGUCCCCCCCCCCCCCCCCCCCCCCCCCCCCAUUUUUUUAAACAACCGUGUUGUGCGACAGCAAAGUCGAAGAUAGUAGCACAACAUAUGACUGUAUGGUCACGAAGGGGGAAGUUUUGAAUAUUUAUGCUUUGCUAAUGAAUCAUGUAACCUUUUGUCUGCCUUACACUGCUUAUAUGAUAACUUUUAUCAUGUCUGUCUCUAGAAACAUAACUCCGUUUGACCCUGCUUUACUAGGUAGAAAGAAAAGAAUUUUGAGUUAUUCAUUUGCCUUGCAAGAACAAUGUUAUGUCUUGUCUCUGUGUGUUUUAGAGAGAUGAAUGAUAUUGCUUGUGUGUACAAAGAAGCUGAUGAUAAAUACUUUUAUUUACAUAUGUAUAUGAAUAUAUAUGUGAUUGUGUACAGUCAGCCUUCUGACUUGUGGUUCAGUUCACGUUGAACUUUGAGCUUUUCGUUGGUGUUAAUUUUUUUCUGUUUAGUGUUUGUUGCUGCGAGGUUGUGGCGUGGAACAUGUGCUGUCAUGAACUUGUUUCUGCCAGUCACUGACUGCAGUGUACCAUUUUUUCCCUCAGAUGCCAUUUGUGACCUUGUGCGUUCUCUCCCCCCAACCCCCGCCCCUGUUGUUCUGUCUCUUGUUAGUGGUGAACCAAACAUUCUCCUUCUGUGUCUUUGCUGCCUGGCGCUGAUACUGUGAUGUCUUUUGGGUUAAGAUAGAUGCAGUUCAGCAUUCUGUUUUACUAGCACGGGUGAAACCGUAAUUAUAGAAGAAAUGCAGAGGGAUAUGAGAUGAAAUAACAUUCUCAUGCAGUAAAAUAUUCAGUUUUUGGGGCAUAUCGCUUUAAAGAUUGCAAAAUAUUUCUUGGACAAAGCCGAAUUCCUGUUACAUGCCUGAAAAUAAAAGGUUUGUAUGUGAGUUUGCCACUUGUAGUGUUUUUGUGUCAUUGUAACUCCAGAUUUGAAAAACUCUGCAAAGAAAUAUGAUCACAGUACCAAAGUUAUUAUUCACUCUCACAUAAUGUCCACAAUAUAUUUAUUCAUAUACCUGGGACACAUCUGUAUUCAUCAGCCGUUUUCAUCACAUUCAAAAAGAGAUGUGGUUAAUGAAAAACAGAGACGAAAUAUAUUGUUGUUUUUUUUCCCCCAUGCUUUCUGUCAAGUAAUGAUAAUGAAACACCAGAUUUGUUGUAAUAAGUUCAGGCUUGAUGAAUUUAACUGUAAUGCAGUAAUAACUGUUUCUGAACAUAUCAGAUGAUUGCUUAGAUGUACUUAACUGUGUCAGAUAUGCAAUUCGCCCUGGCCUGGUAUAGCUGAUUACGGUUAUUAGUCUCAUAAAAACCUUGUAUUUUGGGGUUGCAGUCUUCUUCUUUUUUCUUAAGAUCGAUUUUUAAAGGUUUGAAAGUUUAUAAGUAUAAGCAUACAUCUGUACUAUUUGUUGUCUAUUUUGAAGGAGAAUCUCUUACUGAUCUGUCCAUUUCUCCUGAAUAAAAUUGAAAUAAUCUUGCUCAAAGAUUUAUGACUUGUUUUAUUUACAUGUACCUGUUGCUUGAAGACUGCAUUGCAUUGAACAAAGCUAAUGUUUCCUUGAAUUUAUUUAACCUGUUACUAGAAUUUCUUUGCUCUUGUCCAUUUGAGAAAUGUCCUUCAUCUUCCCUUGUGUUGACUCUAUGCAGCAUUGUAGGCAGAUGUGUGUGAGGUCUUUAACAGGUCAUCGCUUUUGAACUAUGUAAACGUUGGUGUUCCCCUCACUGAAUGUGAUCAGGAAUGUGAUUGGGUGACUAUGUUUUUCCUGUUGUUCAGAAAGCCUCAGGUUAUUGAUAAGUGGAGAACCAUAAUUUAUAUAUAUAUGUUGGUUGGGUUGCUUUUCUGUUUAGUUAUGUGUCGGUUUUGUUUUUGUUUGUUUCUUUUUGUUUUGUUUUUUGUUCUUCUACACAUUGUACAUCUUCUUUUCCUAACUUAAUGCAGUUGAGAAGAAGCUGUAUGAGGUUGAUUCUGGAUGCUUCGAUCUGAGCAUACUGAAAUCAAUGCUUGUGGAUGGGGUGGGUACAACAGGUCCUCUGUCGUUAGAGGUCAGCUGAUCCUGGGCGUGGUUCUUGCCUUAUUAAAGACGAACUGAGACUACCAUUAGUCUCUUGUGACAUAUCAAACAGGCUUGUUUAACCAGAACGAUUUACAUAUUUUUUGUGUUGAAUACAUUGUUGAGGUGGGGAAUCAACAGAUUCAGGUUUUCUUUUGUGUCACUGGUGAUGCUUGGAGAACAUCCACUCGUAUAAUUUACUCUAGUGCUGGUUCUCAUUGUGGUGCCAAAGAGGCAGGAGUUAGUUGAAGUGCACGGGUGUAACAGCCGGUGGAGGAAGUCGGUAGUUAUCAUGACAAGUUGUAUUAUUUCCUGGAGGGUCCCAGGGUUUUUGAACGAACAGAUCCUGACUGUUUAAGCUUUCUGUCUUCCCUGUGGCUUUCUCAUGAGAGGUGCACCAUUUAAUCAUUUCUCACCCUGUAUAUAAAGAUCACACACAUGCUUUUUAUUUGUUGAUUACUUGUGAUUUUGUUCUAUUGUUACAUGAAAGCUUUUAUGCUUCGAGUUUUUCUUUAUGUUGUCAAUAGAAGAUUAUGAAUAUAAGGGAGGGAAGAUGAAAGCUGUUAAAAGAGUUUUUUAGUUCUCAUUUGUAAAAUGAAGUAAAAGAAUGAGUGAUCUUUGAGAGUAAUAUGGUUUUGUGAUGUCCAAAUAGGUACUGCCUUCUUUUUGGCCUUUUGGGCUUCAGCUUUAGCACAUUGUUUCCAUUAAAGCAACUUGAAAUUAUAUUGUUUUUGUUUUCUACCUUUGUUUAAAGUUUUCCAUGGUUAUGAUAUUGGUAUUGCCCAUGACUGCCAAAGCUUCAAACCGUAGGACCAGGUUAUAUCUGUUGGUUGUCAGUAAAGUUGAAUUGUUUCCACUGAUCUGUUGCCCUGUUUUGGAACAGGGGCAUUUGCUUGAAUCGUAAGUGUAUUUAGCGUACGAUUGACCAGUUGCUUUUCUCAUUUUCUCAUUUUCAUUUUGGUUUAGUAGUAAUAAUGCCAUCUUUCUGUUUUCUGUAUGAGAUGAUUUUGUUUUUAAACCAAGUUUAAAAAACCUGGUGUGUUUUGGCAAUGUAAGAAGGGCCAUACUACAUGGACAUCAAGUUCCAUGACUUGGAUGUCGUUUUUCAUUAUAUCAACAACUUUCAUUUUUUAUAAAAUCAAAAAUAUGAUGCUUGGAGUAGUGAACAGAUCAAAGUUGAUAUGUUUUCAUUGAGUGGUUAAACAAUGGCAAAGUGUCCCUUUUGUUAUGUUUACGCAUAUCCAUUUUUAUAUUAACAUAUUAUACAGAUUACAAUGUGUAGUUUUAGUUUCAUCUUCUGUUACUUUAUUUUGAGAUUUUACCUCGUUUUAUUAUGUUGUUGGAACAAUGUGAUGGAAGUUUUCCGGGAUUUCUAAUGAUAAGAAUUUUGAACGAGCGUAAAGCUCUUCUCUUGAGACAGGCUAAAAGUGCCCAUAGCUAGCUAGAUAGAACUUUAUUUCCUAGUAUCUAUUGUCAUCACUUGCUGCUGGUGAAUGAAAACGGUUUCUUUUUCACUUUUCUGUUUUUCUUGUUUUAUUUGCUUCACCAAUUGUUCAGUUGAGUAUCGUGGAUUGUGAUGCGGUUUAAUGUAGAUAUAUGAGUGGUUAAUGGUUCAAGAUUCUUCCUCACGCUCAUUCUCAUUUCCCAAAGUAAUUUUUCACUGCCCUUAUCUUAAGAUUACCAAGUGAACCUGUAAGGAGAAAUGUGUUCUACUUUUCAUUUGUUUGCAAGAUUUAGUAGUCCUAUUCUACUGCUGCUAUAUCGAGUCUCUUUGCAGCUGAGAGGGCUAAAAUAAAUGAGUGUUAAUUUGAAUUUAUUUUGACUUGGAAACCUGUCCCUUAAGUCCCCAAUUCUUCUUCUUCUGUCUGUUUAUCUCAUGUUGUAGGUCUGCAUUGCCCACAUAAUAGGCUCCCCUUCCUGUUUCUCUCUCUCUCUCUCUCUCUCUCUCUCUCUCUCUCUCUCUCUCUCUCUCUCUCUCUCUCCCCCUCUCCCUCCCCCUCCCUCCCUUCAGACACGCUAGUUUCUCAUAUCCUCUUAUAUUUUUCAUGAGCUGGAUAAUUUAUAGUAUUUUUAAUCUUUUGUGUAUUCGCACAACUUUUACCAGGGUUUUCCCUUCUGCCAUAUCUUUUUUCCUCAAAGUCCUCAGUGCAUUGGGAUGUGAGGAUAAUCAUUCUUCUCUAUCAAAAGCCUUUUUGUUGAUAAAGUGUUUGCAAAUUUCCGGUUUGCACUAAAAUCACACCCUCUUUUGACUUCAUAAUUUUCUGGCAUCUUUUUAAGGGGGGUUGAUUAACUUUUCUAAAUUUCCAACUUGAGUAGUAGAUUGGAGUCACUGUGUCUCCGCCUACCACCUUUGUCCUUCUGAACCUUUUCUACAGAUAACACUUUCUAUUUCAUCUAUGCAUAGACAUAGUUACAGUUACAAGCUUCUAGUCACAAGUUUCCAUAUGUGCAGAAGCAAUGUUUCAGACUUAUUUUAUUUCCAGUAGAUUUUUUGAUGUUAGAGAGUUUUCUCUGGUGGAGUCCUUCAUGUCACCACUCCUUCGAUGUUCUUCAACUGAAUAUUACAGAUUGGCAUUCAACAUUCAAAACAGGAGAAUCCUUUCUUUAAGUAUCAAUAAGUAUAAGUUCUCAAUCUCAUUCACUUGCUUAUUUAGACUAUUCACAGGCGAAGUCAGAGAAACUUUUUCUUUUGUCCCAGUAAACUCUUGCCUGUUCCUUAUUUCUUUGUCUUUCUUUGGUUUAACGGACAUUUUAUUGAGCUAUUUCUGCAUUGUCUUUGUUUCUGCACUCUUUCGUUUCUCCCAUGUUCCUUGGUCACAUUUUUCUACGCCUUAUGUUGUAAAUUUAAUAGCGUCUGUUAUUUGAUUUCUAACCCUCCUCCCUGGAUGUGGUAAGGUGCAGGAAAGCACCCGCAGAUGUCCCUCCGAUAGAGUGACCACCCUGUUUUCUUAAUUAACCACUUUCAUAUAAUGAAUGUUGAGAUGUUUUUCACAAAGACUUAUUGUCAUCGAUCAUUUGCAUAUUGUACAUAGCAUGUCACCUCUGCAUAAUUUUUCCCCCUUUGCCUUUAAAAAAUUACUAAAAAUGAAAGAAUUGAUUGAAAUGCCAUAGCGCGGAUUUGUAUGGCUUAUAGAAGCCAACCCAGUUACUUUAUAUAAUCAAUAAAUUUAUCAUCCUUACAA